AUGAGCACCGCUACGCGUAGCGCCAACGCCGGGACCACCACCUCCUCCGGCGGGGGAGGCAAGCGGGGAAAGAAGCGAGGAAAGAGAGGAGGUGACAAGGGCGGUGGUCGUCGGGGCCGCGGAGUAAACAAGAAGCUGUUCAAGAAAUGGUGCGGCUACUGUCACGAAUUUGGCCAUGUUAUGGCUAAUUGCUACUUUUACCAUUUUCACCUGAGCGUCUACAAUUUUCAACGGAAUAUAGAGCUUGUGGGAUGGAUGUUUGCUGAUUUGACGUAUACUCGAGGCCUGGUUGGCGUGCAGCCUGGUUAUCAGAUUCCUGAGCAGCAGUACCAGCAGGGACAGCACCAGAAAGGCCAGCAGAACCAGCAGCAGAGGUAG